UGGUUAAACAGAUUCAAAUACCACCAGAUACACUCCAUUACACUAUAAGUACGGCUAGAAACAAUAUAGGUACAUACGGUAUAAUAUAUAUCAAGUUAUAUAUUUAAACGGCAAGACGAGAUCUUAAAUAGAUCUAAAUAUAUUACUAUACCUUUUCAAAUGAUGUUGAGGAUGGAUUAAGUGAUAAACACUUCUUCAAAGGUAUCUUUAUUUAGAAGCUAACGAAAAUGAUUUUAUUCCACAACUUUUUGAAGAGUUAACUGCUAAAUGCCCAAUUACUUACUACUCGACAUUAAUUGUUUGGAUUUUCUAUUCUUUAUUCAUCUCUACUUUUUAAGUAUUUUGAUGAGAUAUGAUUCUUAUUAAAUUUUAAUGUGAAGCUUUACUUCGUGAUUUUUGAAUAAAGUGAAAUCUUACGUAAUCCCUUGCGAGCACGUUGAACAUCCUCAUUGCAAUAAAUUAUCAUAGCCCCCUCUAUAUGAUCCAUGAUACUCGUAUAAAAAAUACAUUACAUCACUAAGUCUGAUCUUUGAUACCGGACAACGAAAUAUGCUUUGUUAGUUUAGCAGGUAGUUCAUUUCACGUUCACCAACCUAUUGUUGAUUUUCCCGUGAUAUAGUAACACUUCAAACUCUCUGGGAAUUAAACGGCCAAGGAUACACCACUUGGAUUCGUAUAUUUGAGCACUUGUGCCGGUCGAUCUGAGUUGGAGUUAAAGUUGGCUACUGACAAAAAAUAUAUCCAUAUUCGGAGAAGAGCUGCUUGGCCUCACAAAAAUGUUGUUAUAGAGGAUUGCAACUACCUGCUGGUAUUAAAGCACUUAACUAAUGUAUAGUGUUUAUAUUGCCAUGUAUGCCAUUGUUUAAAAUACUCGUUCAAAUUCAGAUACCUGUGGCAAAGACAAGUGGUUUCAAGUAAUUAUUAUAAAUAUACUCUUCUUGACCACCACAACCUUUCAAGUAAUCGCCGAACAUCGGUCAAAAUCGAGUCAGUGAAGUGUAACCGUGUUUGAAGCCGAAGUGUGUGUUAUUCGCCUUCUAUGUUUCAAUCUGACUUGAUUUUGAGCUUAGGGGUGGCAGCAUCUUUACUAGUAUUUCACCCAGAGGAAAGCCGUUGUGGAGGACUUUGAGCAGAGAACUGAGGGCAGAAUGGGUCUGCCUUCAUCUGGUGGUAGCUAUGAUCACGACCCAUCAGAAAGGCUUCUAGCAGGAUACCUAAACCAUAUGGAUAUUGAUAAGAGCAAAGUCAAAAAGAGAUGGAUUGUUUUUCAAGGAAAUUUAGAAACAGGCCUCUACCAAAUAAAGUUAUACAGGAAGAACGCUGAAAGGGUCCUCAAACGUUCAUACACAAUAUCAAGAGAAAACUUUGUAGGAACAGAAAAGGGAACUUUGGAAAAAUCGAAGAAGUCCAAAACACAAAUUCUAUACUGGGCAAUAAUUUUAGUCGGAGAAACAAUAUUUUUUCAACAGCAAUCAACAAGCACUUGGAUACGAUCUGAAAUUGAGGAGUGGAAUAAUACAUUUAAGUCGCAUUUUGACAGUGUUAGUAACCUUGUUUUCCCCAAAAAGGGAUUCGCCUUGUCUGAUGAUCAACUGAGUUUACACUUAAGUAGUCAAAGUUUAUCGUUAGUGUCUCUGAAUCCACCAAAAUGCUACGUUAAAUGGGAACUGUCUCGAGUUCACGGCUGUCGAAUCAACGAGAACGUAUUAGGAUUUCAUAUCAAUAGUUCUGGAAGUGACGCAGGGUAUUUUGAAAUCAAGUGCGACUCACAUUCAACAUGUCGGCGUAUAAGAUCAGCUAUUGAAGGACCUGUAUGUCAGAUAAAUAAACAAGGAAGCACAUGUAGCCCCGGUGGCGGUAUAGUUAGAUUUCCAUUGAAUAAGGAAAGGACCGUGUCCUUAAGUGCCUCUUCGCCUACCCUCUCAAAAGCUAGAUACACACCUUGUCCAACUUCACCUCUGGGUCAUCGUAGAGCACCGUCCGUGGAAUGGGCACCUACGCCGCCUACACGCUACGAUCUUUACAACAGUUCCGAUUUACCAACGAACCCGGAUUCAAGUCUUCAUUUCAAGGAUUCUAUAUACCUCGACGUUGCGUCCAUCAGUAGCUCGUCCGGAGCCUCCAGCUCAUUCCUUUCGUAACUACAAUUGUAUCAAGGCCUAAACAAUAAGAACUUUAAUACUAGUUUAUUUUCUUUGCUUAAAGUUGCUUUCUAAUGAUUUGACGUCACAGUCAUGCUUACGCGUGCGUAAAAUAUGUAAAUACAGUUACGUACUACGUCACAGCCAACACAAGGUAGCCUAAUUUCAACAGGCACAAUAUCGGGAUGGUAAUUGAUGCCAACUCAUGAAAGAACUUACUUUAAGAGUAAAUAUUCAACAGACAAUAUUGCUACUUUAAAAAUAAUAUAUUUUGUGUGAUAGUAUAAGAUAAUCUUUUUUAUGUAAUAUUUUGAUAAUUUUGAGACAUUUUGUAUGUUCUUUAUGGUUAAGAGUUUUAAAAUUAUUUAAUAAGACUGUUUAUAUUUUAAGUUAAAAUGGACGCAGUAUGUGGUCACAUGAUCGACUUCAUUCAAAGGGUAUGACAUCAAGGAUUCACACGUAUUAGUUGAAUAAAAGAGCCAUUAACCAUCAA